GGCGCCACUAUCCAGAUGAACUAUGUCGCGUUAGUAUUUAAAGCAAGAAUCAUAAAAAAAAAUAAUAAUAAAAAUGGCUGCCCAAAACUCAAGUUUAUCAAAUGAUUUUCCUGAAAAGAAAGAAGAUGAAUUUAAUGAUUUUUAUACUGAGGUAAAAGAAAUAGAAAAACGUGACAGUGUAUUGACGCCUAAGCAACAAAUUGAUAGAUUACUACGUCCUGGAUCAUCGUAUUUUAAUUUAAAUCCUUUUGAGGUUUUGCAAAUAGACCCAGACACUGUUAUCGAUGAAAUUAAAAAAAAAUAUCGUCGUAUGUCAAUAUUGGUGCAUCCAGACAAAAAUCAGGAUGAUGCUGAUCGAGCUCAGCAAGCGUUUGAAAUUGUUAAUAAAGCUUGGAAGACACUUGAGAAUGAAGAAACGAGAGCUAAAUGUAUGGAUGUUAUUGAAGAGGCUAAAGCGCGUACUGAUCAUAUGAUAGCAGAAAAAAAGAAAAAAAUGAAAAAAGAAUUAAAAGAUAAUACGAGUAGUGUUCCAAUGUUAGAAGAAGAAUCUGAUAAAGGAUACAGACAUGCUGUAUGGGUUAUGACUAUGAAAUUAUUUGCGGAUAUGGAGCGUAGAAGGCGAGAUUUAGCGUCAAGAGAUGCCGAACAACGGAAGCGUAAACGAGAAGAAGAGCUGUCAGCAGAAGCACAAGCAGCUAUUGAAAAGGAGUGGCAGAAAAAUUUUGAAGAAUCCCGACAGUCUCGUGUCGACAGUUGGAAAGCCUUCCAAUCAAAAUCUGGCACUACUAAUCAAAAAAAGACUAAAAAAUUAAAGUCUUUCAAACCUCCUAAAACAAAGGCUGAGUCGCGGUAAUUAGUUAUGUAACCCUGAUAUAUCAUCAUUAUGAUAAUAAUAUUUUAAUCGCGUUGUUGUGUAUCACAAAGUUUUCUAAUUCUCAAAUACUUAAUUUUUACUAUUGUCUAUAGUAAUUAUAUUAUCGAUCGCUUAUGUUUUUUUUUUUUCUUUAA